UUGCGGCCCCACGCGCGCUGACUGCUGGGGCCCUUACAGACUGGGUCGGGGGUCCUGCGGGCGGCUCCCCGAGCGCUGCGCCGGGCCGGCGCGUCGCCGCAGUGCCCGGGCUACUGAACGCAGCCAAGCCCGGCGCUCCCUCGGCUGUGCAGGUGCUGUGCGCUCCCGCGGUGCCCUCUGUCGUGACCCCGGGGGAACAUGUUUUCCAGUGCCCGGGUGAGACGGGUUUUGCAGCGCGUGCCCGGGAAGCAGCGACUCGGCAUCUACAGGUUCCUUCCCUUCUUUUUUGUCCUGGGAGGAACGAUGGAAUGGAUCAUGAUUAAAGUGCGCGUUGGCCAGGAGACCUUCUAUGAUGUCUACCGUAGAAAAGCCUCAGAAAGACAGUAUCAGAGAAGGCUGGAAGAUGCAUCAGAGACUGAACUUCAGCAGUCAAUAAACUUGCAUGUCUGCCCUCAUGGAGAACAUGUGUGGGAUUCCUUGGCUGCCAGACCUGGAGGUGUGGCAUGGGGCUUCAGUCUGCCUACAUUCUGCUUCUGUGGAUACAGCCUACGUCCUGAAUCACGGGUACUCUCUUAGUACCCUGUUAGUAUCAUUUGUCAGAUGAACAUUACUUGUGUCUGAACCCUACAAACAACUCCAGGACUUUCCCAGGGGACAAAAGUAGUUUUUCUGCAGAUACAGAAAAUUACUUCAGUGUCAGUUCAUUUCCUCCUGUUUCUCUGUUGCUGAGACAGACAGACUUGAAGAAUUCUGAAGAGAAUCCCCUCUGCAUUAGUGACUCAGUAGCCCCUUUAGCAGGGCUGUUUGAAAAGCAGGAGAUUGAGCAGGACUUACUGUAGAAGAUCCUGUGAGCUAAGAACUGCUCUAGGGAAGAAAUUUACUCGUGAGCAAAAAGAGCUCCCUUUUAGGAACGUACUUUUGUAUGUGACUCUGGACUACCAAUGUAGGAAACUUCAUUCACUGACAGAGAGGGCAUGCAUGACCUUCUAGGACAUGCCUGGCUUUCUGAACACACGUCAAACUGUUUGAGUGGCUUUAGAGCAUGCCUUUUGCCUCUUGGGUCUGCUGAGGCUGGUCUCUGCCACAAGUCCUGUGCUACUGCUGAGCCCAGGCACAGGGCUGGGCUUCCUGCUCAACACACAGGGCAGGGCCUGCUGCUGACAUCCCUGGGAUUUUCAAUGAAGGAAGGCCUGGCCAUGAUGGGCAGCAGGUACCUCCUGGAACAACUGGCUGAGGGAGGAAAAAAAGAAUGAAGAUGAAAUUAAUGAGUGAAUGAGGAUGAA